CGGCGGCUCUCUCCCAACUCCGAGGCUCUGGUACGACGUCGUUGGUCGUCGAGACGUUCGUCAGUGUCAGUACUAAGUACUAAGCGGAGCACUUCGUAGCUGAACGAGCGUUGGGUAGGUUUGACCGCGUGGUGCGCCAUGUGCGUCGUUGUCGCAAUCACCGUUCUCUCGUUGAUCGAACGUUGCCCGCGCCGAGGUAGCGCCGAGAGUCACCCGCGUCCUCCCUUACUUCUUUCUCGCGCGGACAGAGGGGAGCGAUAAGGCGAGCGAGGAGGUCGGGACGCCGCCGCGGUACCGUAGCGCGUACCGUAUUACUCCGAUCAGCGCUAAGAGGUGGGAGCGAGGAGACGACGAUUAGGAAGACGUGCAUCGAGCGCCGGAGGAGGGCCGUCGCCACCGCCGCCGCUACUACUAUUGUUGCAGCCGCUGCCGAUCUCUUCUUGGCAAGUGAUGGCCCUGCGCGGGAGAAACGGCAAAGAUGUCAAAAAGAGCUCGUACUACGUGUGGUAUUUGGGGGCGAGAGAGGCCAAGGGGGUGGACGCGAUGCCCGGUGCCAUAGAUUACCUCCUGGAGCGCGAACGACUGCAAGAGCCUUUCAAGGUCACGCUGCAGGUGAGCAGCAAGGGCUUGAAGAUCAUCCAGACGGUCCAUCCGGGCGGCUCGACGAGGUCAGCGGUAAAGCAUCUGGUGCCAGGUCACGCGGUACUCGCUGCCGUCCAAAGAGAGGACGUAGUCGCUGCGACCCUCCUUCUGCCCAACCCUGCCACGAACAACCCUGUCCACGUACACGCCUACAGAUGCGACUCCGUGGAGACGGCGGAGCUGCUGGGCGGACAGCUCAAGGUCCUCGCCUCCCACACGGACAGUCUCGCACGACUCGGCUCCCUGGACACGAGGCUGCGCAGCAACCUGGGCAGCGACGGAAGGAGCACCCGCGAGAGCGAGUCCUCCGAGGGGAGCGGCGAGCUGAGGCACGCGCCCGUCCAGGCGACGACGAUCUACGAGUCACUCGCUGCCGAGCUCCGAGCCAAGCUGGGUAGAGGCAACUCAGCGGACAACGACACGGGCCCGAUCCUCCUCCCUCCCCGGGACUACGACACGGUGCACCGUCAGCGUGGCAAUCUCACUGGAAUCGAGUUGCGGCGCUGCCUUAACCAGACCAUCGUCGGGACGAACGGGGUUGGCCUCCCCAAUAUCACCCCGGUCGCCGAGCGUGGAGGUGCCCGCAGCGCAGCCAGCAGCGGCAUCGGUUCCGACAGCGCCGCGACCCCGCCACCGUAUCCGGGACAUCAUCCGCUCGGACCGCGGCCCUCGAGGCCCACGAGGGACUCCUCAUCCGACGAGGAUUGGGGCGCACCGGUGGAGGAGCCCGACUACAUGCCAGAUCGUGAGCCGACAAGCGUGACCUUGCCCCGGCUGUCACGAAGUCCGGAGCGCACCUCCGUACCGACCACGUCUCUGAAGCAGCUGCGCGGUAGCACCUCGCCGGUGGUCAACGGGAAUAGGAUGCGCCGGAGCGCGGAGCACAGGCAGCGCUCGCCGAGUCCACAGUAUCAGCCCCGACUCGCCCCCGGCGAGGUCCUCACCAGUCCCCGGGAGCGCUUCCACGACGCCAAGGAAAUGUUCCGGCAGAUGGAGCGCGAGGCCAUUGUUUCUAGGCCGGUCGCCGCCAGGAUCAACGGGCGCGCGGAUCAACGGCCGCCCCACAACAGAUCGGAACCGGUGUCGCGUCAGUCAUCGCACGAGGAACCCCUGCAGGCGCAGCAUCAUCAGCGCUCGAGUCGCCAGCAGCACUUUGGCCAGCAGCCGCUCCACGAGCGCCUGAUUCGUCGGGGCGCAGCGCCCCAUCCGCAUCACGGGGGCCCGGCCGUCGAGCAGCCGAGCGAGGAUCUCGGCUACUCCAGGGCGCGGCCGAGGCCGCGCGGACAUCAUUAUCAGACGGGUAACGGACAGCAGCCGGAGCCCGAGACAUCGAGGCCCCGCCCGUGGAGCUUCUACGAAGUGCCAAUGGCCGCGCGAGAGCUGCGCGGACCCAGGAAUCCCGUGGACUCGAGAGAGGUGCGGGAUUGCUCUCGAGGGGUCCAGGGCUCGCGCGACAAGCAGCAGCGUCCGAGGCCCUUCGCCUAUGGCGAGCUCGCCGACAACGAGCGCUACCCGGGACUCGACAGGGAGAGCGCCCGUCCCGCUCUGGAGAUCGGUGGUGGCGGACCAUCGACGCCCGCGCGCUACCGGCACAGCUACGCCGAGCCCCCGAGGCUCGGCCUCGCCGCCCUUCAUCCAUACUGAGGACCAGCACGGCGGAACGUCCUUAGCCAACAAGAUGGCUGUCGACGAGUUGCUUCGCCUUCCGAGCCUCAAAUCCACUGUCU